UAUCUCGAUUCUCGCCCCCUUGGCUUGUGCUAAAAGUGGCUGGGCUGGAACUGUAUCAAGUUUGAAGUUUGUAUCCGCUUCAAUUCCCGUUUUGAUUCUCCAAUUAUAUUCUUCCAGGUUUUUGUAGGGCUUUCUGUUAAUUCGUCAUCUUUACGGUUACACUAUUAUCAGAAUGAAUUCUCUUCACCAUAAACUCUAUGAAAAGUACAAUCAAUUCAAGACUAGCAAGUUUACGGAAUUGGAGGAGCUCAACCGCAACCAAGAAGAGAAGUUCUUGGCUUUCACACAUGCUGCAGAUGAACUCUUACAACAAUAUAGAUUGGAGAAUGAAAGACUUGUAUCCGAAAAUGACGAUUUGAGAAGUGAAUUGGCUUCAGCAAGAUCUAGCAUGGAUGGUAAGAUUGCCGAGCAUCAGAAGCUUGUGAUGGAAGAAAAUAAAAAACAAAACUUUUCCGUGACCGAGGAGAGGGCAAAGAGAUUAGGUGCCCGUUCUUCUAAGAGAGCUAUUGAGAUUAUUGAUGACACUCAAGGUCGUGGCGAACAAGUCGCAAAGAGGAUGUUGAAAAAGCUACAUCAGAGCGCCAAUCCUCCAAAGCCUACCUCCCAUGCUUUCUGCCAGAAGGUAGGGAAGAGGUUCAGAGAUGUUGAUGGCCAUAUGCAGACUGCUUUCAUGCCGGCUUGGGACAUUUAUGACCAGCAUUCAGUGUCCGGAAGCUCACUCCUGGCUAAGGAUUGGUCGAGGGAGUGCAUCACUCCUGCUGAUCGGAUCAGCAUUGUUGAGAGAACGGGUCUUGAGGAGGCAGAAGAGCUCGGUGCCAGUGCCGCCUAUAAGCUUAACUCCUAUUUUCAGGCGGCUAUUUACCAAGCCAAUGCCUUUAAGGAAUCCGAGAUAUCUCUUUUGAAAGAGAAGUCUUGUUUGACUAGAGCGAUGAAGGAUUGGAAAUCUCGCGCUAACUCGGCUGAGGACAUGGUUGCCUCUCUUCUAAACAAGGUGAAGACUCUUGAGAAUGGCUUAGGAAAGAAGGAAGAGCAGAUCAUUGACGAGUACAUGGACUCAGAUCCUUUCCCAAAUUCUUGGAUGAUCAUGAUGACAGGAUACGCCCCUUGGUUUUCACCCUUGGUUGGGACAAAGCCCUUAAGGCGGUGGUUGCUCAGCACCCGGGUAUGUUCGACCCUUCUCAGUUCCCUAGUCCUUACCUCUCAGCUCAGUCCUUGGCUACCACUUCUUCUUCUCAUGAUCCUCCCGUUGUUGAGGUUGAGGAGGAGGAAGACGCGAAAGAGCCAAUUGGAGAUCAAACGGCCUAGAUGGGAGUAGUUUCAGUUCCUUUCAUUAAUCCUGCGAGACUUUAUUUGCGCUUGUCUUAUUCUGAACUCUGUUUAUUUAGAACUUAUGCCCUGCUCGACUAAGACUUGGUACUUAUUUGACUACUAUUCGGAGUUGUAAUAUAACUUUAACUUAUUAUCUAUGUUUGAGCUUCGAUCUUUCUCUUUGCU